CAGGCUGUUUACGAAAAAGUAAAACAUGCAAAUGCCAAGGAAGGGACAGAGACCAAAACAAUUACGAAGAUAGCCACAAAGAGAAACGUGGAAAAUUUAUGAAAAUCUGUGAAAAUUGUGUGGUGGCGCAUAGAAAAUGGUGCUGCGGUCGGGAAUUAUAAUUCCAUUUCAAUUUCGCGAUACUAAGAAGCUGCUCAUGAUUGGCGUGCCCGAGGAGAAUCGAAAUUUAAACAUAUGGGACUUAAAGAAUGUUGUUCGCGCUGCAUUUGGCAUCUACAAUUUUGAGUUUCGCAACAAAAAGAUCGGCUUCAACAUACCCGAUGAGCUGCUGUUACAUUAUUUGGCCCAACGUCACGACCUCACAAAUUUCGUUAUUGAAAUAAGCCAAGCGCUAGACGAUGGGCACGCCAAGGAGCUGCUCUCCUUCGAGCCCUCCUGCUCAAUGGCAGUAAUCAAGCAGCAACAGCAACAGCAACAACAGCAGCAGCAACAGCACCAACAACAACAGCAGCAGCAGCAGCUCCAUCAUCCACAUCCAAUACAACAGCACGUGCCACUGCCUCAGCGCUCCAACGAGAGUGUGAGCCACGCCCACGACUAUGUGGCUGGCCCCCCAGCCUUACCCGGCUCACAGCCGAAUUCGCCAGCUCUGGGCGUCUGCAAUGAGGCAGUCGACUCACCAUUGGAGCAGGCGAACAAUUCGAACUCGGAUCAUGCAGACACAAACCAAAAGCUGCGGCUCACACAAACCUAUGCGGAACGUACGCCCGAAUCGUUAACACAAUCAAUAGAUCCCAUGGACAUAAUACCGAAGGCGGAGUCUGAAUCAGAAGCAGAGCGUGCUGCACGUGCAGCUCGCUUUCAGGCGCGCGUACAACAACAGCAGCAGCAGGUGCAUCAGCAUCAGCAACAGGCACAAACACUGCAGCACUCGCUGCCUGCCCAGCAGUUCUUCUCCAACUAUACGCACAGUCUGCCGACUAUGACGCCACCAAAUACUUCCCAACAGUCGCCGUACACGCCCGGACUGAUGAGCCGAUUUAGAAAACGUGGCGAACGCAUGUCCAAGGACCAAAAGGAACUGUACGUCAAGUUCUUCGAGGACAAUCCCUGCAUGCUGUCGAACCAUCGUCGUCACGAUGGCCUCACCGAGCCGCUGUGGAGCAAAUUGGCGCACAUGCUCAAUAGCGUGCCACAGGGCGCUGUCAAGAAUGUAGAGGAUUGGAAGCAAACGUUCGAUGCAUGGCGAUAUCGCAUUUUCAUGUACACACGAUACAACUCCAAGCUGAGCAUGUCGGAGACGAGUGACCCUAAGAACUUUAAGCCGCUGACGGCGACCGACCAGAAGGCCUAUGCUAUGUGGACCAGUCACAAGCACAUUGCACCGCCAGAUUAUGAUAAAAUGGAUAUGUUUGUGCCGCUGGAUGAGAGCACAAGCGCAACGAACACCUACGACUACUAAGGCAGUCCACAAGUCCCCAACCAGUGCAAAUGUUAAUGAUAAUCAGAAUGAAGAUGAUGUGUACUUUAACUAAUACUAAGCGCUAAAUACAUUAUGUUUAAGCAACAUAUAUAAUGCAAUUUCAA